AAGGGUAUAGACCCUUUCCGACCCCUCGAACAAGCUUUUUGGCACAGCAUCAACUGCUUGUCCAGAAGCACUGACAACUCCACCAAACUCCAUGCCUUGAUGGCUGGAGAAGUAUCUGACAAAGAGAAGGCCCAGUACCGACGCAUAUACAACGCGAUCGUGAGCUAUGUCCCGCAGUUGGGCCAAUUGGCCAAACAGCCAGGCAAUGGUGACCUUGCAAACAAGGCACUCGAGACGGCAACUUUACAGAUGAAUAAGGCUGGUGCACAAGGACGCAGUGACGACACCAACAGCAUCAAAGGCCAGAUCCUCAAAUUCAUUCCAAAGCUCCUCAAUGCUGGCCUUGUCCCUCCGCUCUCUGAAGUCACAAAGACUGGACGAGGGUUUGAUCACCCCCAAACAGCAUUCUAUCUGAUGCCUGCACGCUGGGUCAGUGAAUGGAAAAAAGAUGCUGACGGAACCUUUUGCAAACUGAAAGAUGGACGGCUGAGCAUCAGCGCAGAUCUGAUGCCGGCAUUCAUGUACCAAGAUCCCGAUUUGUAUAAUCGUCUCCAGCCAUAUGAAGGAUUUGCGCAUGGGCAUAUUCUCAUCCACGUUGCCCAAACGUUAUACACGUGCCCGUUGUCCGUCGAUAGGAUAAGUGGCACAAUCAACCCCCGCAGCAAUGCCCGAAAGCUUGGCAUCCAGCGCAUGACGCCAAUGCUAAUUGCUUACGCCGCCGCACAUGUACGUCAAGUGAACACUACUAUUGCCAUACUUAUUUCUAUUGCAGACACGAUUUGCCCUGGGCUCGACGAAAAGCUGGGACACCGAGGGCAGUGA